AUGGAAGCAAACUACACACAGAGUAAACCGCAGCAGCUGCUCAGUUGGGUAAGGGAACACAAAUACAAGCUUGCUGGCGCAACUUUCGCUGCCAGCAUGGUCGGUUCCUUUAUUCUGGUCGGUCGCAACCCGUACCUGACGGGUAAACAAAAGCUUGUGCAGGCUCGCGUGUAUGCACAAGGUCUGACGCUGGCUGUCAUUGUUUCAUUGGCUGCAUUGGAUAUGUCGGAUCGACGAAAGCCAUGA